UGGGAAAUGAAGAAACACCCUACCAGCCUCAGGACAUACCAGACACCAGCAUACCAGCACUAAGACCCUGGUUCAGCACCAGGCUCACAGGUUUGAAAGAGGAGGUGGAGACUGAGCCUACCCUUGAAGGACGAUAGAGAGGCUACGUGGUGGAGCUGAGGAGGAAGGACAUCUCAGGCCUGGGGGAAGGCACGUGCAAAUAUAAAGUUGGGUUUACCUCAGAGACAAUGGAAACCACUUUGGACUACAGCAAUUAUUACAUCUACGACCUCCCCAGUCCUUGCAGCAAAGGGGGAGUGAGGGACUUUGGAAAACUCUUCCUGCCACCAUUAUAUUCCCUUGUGUUCCUAUUUGGUCUGCUGGGCAACUUCAUGGUGAUUUUGGUCCUACUCAAAUACAAGCGGCUUAAGUCUAUGACUGAUGUAUACUUGUUCAACCUCGCCAUCUCUGAUCUGCUCUUUGUUUUUUCCCUCCCCUUCUGGGUCUACUAUGUUGCUGACCAGUGGGUUUUUGGAACAGCCUUUUGUAAAAUCAUCUCCUAUAUUUAUUUGGUCGGGUUUUACAGUGGCAUAUUCUUCAUCAUGCUCAUGAGUGUAGACAGGUACCUGGCAAUAGUGCAUGCCAUUUUUGCCUUGAGAGCCAGGACUCUGACCUAUGGGGUUAUUACAAGUCUAGUUAUAUGGUCAGUGGCCAUGUUAGCCUCACUUCCAGUCCUGUUAUUCAGCACAUCUUACACAGAGAAUAACAAUACCUACUGCAAAGAGAAGUACCCUGGAAAUUCAACCACCUGGAAGGUUCUGAGCUCUCUAGAAAUCAACAUCUUAGGACUUUUGAUUCCCCUGGGAAUCAUGCUCUUCUGUUACACCAUGAUCAUCAAGACCCUUCACCGCUGCAAAAAUGACAAAAAAAACAAGGCAGUGAAGAUGAUCUUUGCGGUCAUGGUCGUGUUCCUGGUGUUCUGGAUUCCAUACAAUAUUGUGCUCUUCUUGGAGAUCUUGGUAGAACUGGAAGUUUUCCAGGAUUGCACCUUUGGCAUGCAGCUUGACUAUGCUCUCCAGGCCACAGAGACCCUGGCUUUUAUUCAUUGCUGCCUCAAUCCGGUCAUCUACUUCUUCCUAGGUGAAAAGUUCCGAAAAUACAUCAAGCAACUCUUUAAAACCUGCAGGGGACCUUUAAGGAUCUGCAAACACUGUAGUUUUCUCCAAGCUUAUACUUCAGAAACACCCAGUUCAUCUCACACUCAGUCUACUAUGGAUCAUGAAAUUCACGAUGCUUUGUAAAGGACAGCAGACUACCUUCCUUCAAGGGAGAGAGGAACUGAGACACCCCUUGAGUAAUCUCAGGGCUCCCUAGUCAGGUUUUGGUCAAUAAAUGUUCAACCAGAGGGUCAAUCUGCCCCUCACCCUGAAAUAGGCUUUUCUUCUUAUACUGUGCAUAGUUCCUAGACCAAGUCAUUGUGCAUCUGGGCUAAGAAACCUUGGCUUGUUUCGGGUAUCACAUAACAAGAAUAGCAUCUCAAGUGAUGAUCUUAAGAAGCCUAUCUGAGAAGAACAUCAAUAAGGUGACAGAUAACUAAGAUGAGGAUGCUAUUAAAGUGUAGCCUGAGAUGACUAGACAGCCAAAGGUUAUCAAGAUGGCAAAAAGAAAAAAAAAGACCCAGAACAUUUGAGUUUGGUCAGGCUGUGGUUCUUCAUUUUCAGCCUUGUGUGUAAGAAGUCAAUGGAGGGCAGAGGUUUCUGAUUGCUCUCUACCUACUACAAUACAUUUUGCUUUGGUUUUUAGCUUUUUUUAAAAUCUGGAAUUGUUGUCAUUAUAUAUUCUUGUUGGAAUCCUUUGGGCAAGAUGCAUCUUAUAGACUGGUGGUCUCAAGCUCAAAUUUUCUGUUUGUUUUAAGUUGAUAAUUCUUCUUCUUGCACUACUUCUAUCUAAAAUCCUAUCUCUUGUCACAAAGAUUCAUUAAUCCAAUUGCAUCUAAACAAAGGGCUGUCUGGUCUAACUGGGGAAUGCAGCAAGAAGCCCCAUGCCCAAGGUUUUGAUAUCCCUGAUGCAAAUCAAGCAUGUACCAUGUAUAUAAUGCCACUGGUUUGGAUUAACAGGUAAGCUCAAUUAGCAAAUUAAUUAAGGCUGUUUAUAACUUUAUUGUAAUGAAAUAAUGCGUCAGCUUAAGUAAGACCUCAUGUGUUGAUAGAAUCACCAAUGUGAAAUAUAAGUCAUGUAAAAUCCAUAUUUACACAUUGAGAUUCAAACACAUUUUCAUUUACUCUUGGUUGCUAAUGGCUUUAAUAAAGGUAGAGUAUCUAACGUCAAGAAGACUAAAUAGAAAUAUAAAUAGAACCUUAAAGCUACUAAAUGUUAAGCAUUCUUAACCUGUUCACAAAUAAGGGCUUCCUAACCCAUCAUUAAUUGUAUCCUAGAUGGAAAAACAUUUUUGCAUCAUCAUAUUUGCUUAAAGAGGAAUGGCAAGGCCUCUCUAAUCUUUCCAAUAUCUAUGCUAUCAGCAGGUGUUAUGGGCACUCUCCUAAAAGCAUCGUAUCCUUAAACAAUUGUUAUUAUGUCACCUCAUAGUGGGAACAAAACCCCUCAGCAGGGAAUAUACGUAUCACUUACAUUUCUAAAAAUUUUGCCUCAAAUUUCUCCUCUUUAGUUAUACGGAAAUUCAAUUACUUGGGUCUUAUAUAUGUUGUAUUAAUCAUGUAACCAAUUUAUAUAAUUCUAGACAAAUUGUAACUAUUACUCAUCAAUAAACUAAAUGGACAGAACCAGGCAGUGACACCAUUCAAUUCCUGGGCUAUGUAAAUGUUACUGACAUAAUCAAUAUCUCAAGGAAAUACUCAUUUGAGGAAAUCUACUUAAUGUUUUCAUACUGAUUCUUUGUAUUAAGUGUUAUACAUUGG